CGGGCUUAGGCAAAUUUUUUCGCAACGAUGCGUAGGCGGAACUGACCUGCUUAUGCCGCCUACCUACAGGACCUCCUAUAUAAGGUUGAUGUUUGCUUAGGAUGACAGAUCAUUCCACAUUUGACAGCUCUCUCGGCAGUACCGUAAAAAAUAUGUCAUCCGUCAUGCAUUACUAUCCAGUGCACCAGGCUAAAGUUGGCCCUUAUACAGCAGAGCCUUCCGAGGUGAAAUACAGUGAAUUGAUAUAUGGUCAUCAUCACGAUGUGAACCCCAUCAGUCUGCCACCCAACUACAACCAGAUGAACUCCAACCCCACCACCCUCAACGAUCACUGCUCCCCGCAGCAGUUACACCAUCAGCACGUAUCCUCGGACGAGAAUUUGCCAUCGCAGCAUAGCCACGACUCGCAAAGGGUGAAGCUGAAGCGAUCACGAACCGCCUUUACCAGUGUCCAACUGGUGGAGCUUGAGAACGAGUUCAAGAGCAACAUGUAUUUGUACAGGACGCGCAGGAUUGAGAUAGCACAGCGGCUGUCUCUGUGCGAACGCCAGGUGAAGAUCUGGUUCCAGAACCGCCGAAUGAAGUUCAAGAAGGACAUACAAGGUCACCGCGAGCCCAAGGCUAAUGCCAAAUUGGCUCAACCACAGGCAGAGCAAAGUGCGCACCGCGGCAUAGUGCAGCGCCUCAUGUCCUACUCCCAGGAUCCCAGGGAAGGCACUGCAGCAGCAGAAAAGCGGCCCAUGAUGGCAGUGGCACCUGUGAAUCCCAUAUCCCAGUCAGACUAUCAGGACAGCCAGAAUAUAAAGAGCGAAGUAUCAACCAACAACAGCAUGUGCUCCAGCGCCGAUCUCAGCGAGAUCUUGGAGCACCUGGCUCAAACUACAACUGCUCCACAGAUCAGCACUUCCACUUCAGGAAUAUCUGCCAAUUCGAGUUCGAGUUCCAGCUCCUCUUCCGGGCACUAUUCCUACAACGUGGACUUGGUGCUGCAGAGCAUAAAGCAGGAUUUGGAGGCUGCGGCCCAGGCUUGGUCCAAGUCCAAAUCCGCGCCCAUCCUGGCUACUCAAUCCUGGCAUCCCAGUUCCCAAAGCCAGAUUCCCACGAGCGUCCAUGCGGCUCCCUCAAUGAAUCUGUCCUGGGGCGAGCCUGCUGCCAAGUCGAGAAAGCUAAGCGCUAAUCACAUGAACCCGUGCGUAACCCCCUACAAUUAUCCCAACUAAUUGAACUAAGUUUUACUAUAAAUUUUUGUUUGAGCUAAGCGCAAUCGUCUCUGGCCCUUGGACGCAAAAUUGUAACCCAACUCAGUGACAAACGCCAUGAAUAUUCUUAGAUUAUCGUGAAGUUUAACCAUUUUUUUUAAAUAUAUAUAUGUAUUGGAUCAAAAUUAAAAAUUUUAUGUAUAAUCAGA